CUCGCGCACGACAUCGUGAUCCGUUUUGUCCCGAGAUGUGUCCCGUUGGAACAGCUCCUUGGCCGCCCCCGGUUUCUUGAGGAUGUACUCAUUGAUCAGAUGCUUGUGCAGUUCGUAGGGGUUCAGCUUUUUACACAAAAUGCAACGAGAACGCGACGAGGAUGAUGAAGACGAUUGGGAGAUAAGCGAUAUUUCUGAAGAUAGCGUGGGAUUCGAAGAGGAACUGGAACUGCUGGAAGCUCAGCUUCAAAAGGAGGUCCUUGCGAAUGCUGUUCCAGGUCCGGGGAAUUAUGAUGCCGUUAUCCUGGAAAGUGCCAAGGGUCCAACCGUUCGCUACUCGGAACCGGAGCUACCGCAGUAUAAAUGUGAUUCCUGCACGAAAACAUUCCAUGAGCUGAAACAUCUCGUCCGACACAUCGAGACGCACAACCGGUGGCGUUUCCGGUGUGAGCUAUGCGGGGCGUACCUGAAAACGCAGGCAAGUCUGCACAAGCAUCAACAACGGCAUGGUGUCGAAAAGCGGUACCAGUGUGAGACAUGCUGGAAAGGAUUCAGCACCAGCGACGAUCUGCAGGUGCACCGGAAGCUGCACCAAAAGCCAAACCCGCGCUACCGGUGUGAGGUGUGCGGCAAGGAUUUUGGUCGCGUCUACACGCUACGGGACCAUAUGAAAUUGCACGAGCCGGAACCGGAGCACCAGUGCGAACGUUGUUGGAAGGUAUUCCCGAAAAGGAGACAACUGCUGCUGCACGCAAGGACACAUCUUGUGCAGGAUUCCCUAGAUUCAGCGUUGCCAGGAAAUGCUGGUGCGUGAAAGAUAUCAAGUCAUUCCAUGAUCCCAGAGGGCAUUUGCAUCUCAUAGUAUUAAUAUUUGAAUUAAAUUAAGCAAUAAAUUACACAGAUGCAGC